GAAAAAACGGGACACAAAGCCGGAACUGCUGCGCGGCGCUGUCACAGCCCAGUGGUGGCACCGGUUUCCAAAACAAACAGAGGAGGCUGCAGCCGUCUAUUGACUCAGUUGGAUGCAAGAGGAUCUCGCCGUGGCCGCUGCCCCCCGACGGGAGCCGUGCGGCGGCCGGGCGAGGGGCGCCGGGUGCCGGCCGGGAUGGAGCCGCCGCCGCCCGCCUGAGCCCCGCUGCCGCCCGGGGGGACCCCUGGCAGCCCGGGGGGGAUGGCGCUCAGCUCCCGGGCUCACGCCUUCUCGGUGGAAGCCCUGGUGGGACGCUCGGCCAAGAGGAAGGUGCCGGAGGGUCGCGAUGAGGAGCCCGGCCCCGGCUGCCGGCCGGCUCGCAGAGCCCCGGAGGCGGAGAAGCGGCCCAAGGCCGGUGCCGAGAGCCGGCCGGGCGGGGUGCAGGUGGAGCUGCAGGGCUCCGAGCUCUGGAGGAGGUUCCACGACAUCGGCACCGAGAUGAUCAUCACCAAGGCCGGCAGGAGGAUGUUCCCGUCGGUCCGGGUGAAGGUGAAGGGGCUGGAGCCGCUGCAGCAAUAUUACAUCGCCAUCGACGUCGUGCCCGUGGACUCCAAACGAUACAGGUACGUCUAUCACAGCUCGCAGUGGAUGGUGGCGGGGAACACGGACCAUUCCUGCAUCACCCCGCGCCUCUACAUCCACCCCGACUCCCCCUGCUCGGGGGAGACCUGGAUGAGGCAAAUCAUCAGCUUCGACCGCGUGAAGCUCACCAACAACGAGAUGGACGACAAGGGACACAUCAUCCUGCAGUCCAUGCACAAGUACAAGCCCCGCGUCCACGUUAUCGCCCAGGAUUCUCGCUUCGAUCUAGCGCAGAUCCAGUCGCUGCCGGCCGAGGGGGUGCAGACCUUCUCCUUCCAGGAGACCGAGUUCACCACCGUCACGGCCUACCAGAACCAGCAGAUCACGAAGCUGAAGAUCGACAGGAAUCCCUUCGCCAAAGGUUUUCGGGACCCCGGCAGGAACAGGGGGGUCCUGGACGGGCUCCUGGAGACCUACCCCUGGAGACCCCCCCUCGCCCUGGACUUCAAGGCUUUCGGCGCAGACAGCCAGGGACAGAAUUCCUGGACUAAUAUAAAUAUAACAAAAUCUGCAGUUCUACUACCAAUAAAAUAUACUUCUGAAGAAAAGCCAUAAAACUAAAAUCCCAAAGCUCUAAAACCAGCAGGUAAAUUAAAAGGAAUUAUGAUCAACAUGCUGAAGAAAAAAUUGGUGUAGAAUUUUUAUUUUUAAGCCUAACAGAAAGGGCACAAAACACCUGCUCAUUGAUCUGCUCCAUCAUUUCUUUCUGCUGCAAUCCCCAUUCCCAAACUUGCUGUGGCAUUUGGGUGGGAUUAUUGCUCGGGAUGUGAUAUUAUUUGCUCUGUGCAGCAGAUACUGACCCUGCUUUGCUCUGCUGUAUCCAGCCACGUAGGGGUCUGCUUGCUGCCUCACACACAAAUGUCAGCUCAAUCCUGUGUUUUACAUGACCCAAAGUCCCUGAGCCUUGGAGGACAUCAGGAUAUGUCCAUGGAGAGAGGACUGGAUCCUGCCCUGCCGAUGUCAGGACUGAAGCAGCCACUGACAUCAGCAGGGAAGGGUGAGACCUUCAAGCCACAGAACCUUCCUGGAUUAUUGUGAUCAAGGGCUGGCCUGUGAGAGGCUCUGCUUGUUGGGAGUUUGGAAAUUAAUUUGCAUCCCAUUCAAUAUCUUUGUGUUUUUAGUGUUGUUUUUUUUUUUUAAGAUUUGCUAUACCAGCAGCUGUGGUUCAGUUUUACAGCUGAUUUUGGGUCGCUGGUUGCGUGUCAGCUCGGAUCAGAUCCCAGCCAGGCAUUGUAUUGGUAGGAAUUGAAUGUAAAUAGUAGCACAAACAGAUCCACAUUCCCUUUCGUCCUUUCCCAGUGAUUUUGGUAAGAAAUUAAAAUAAAGAGGGGGGAGGGGAAAACCCUCUGGAAGAAUUUGGUAAUGAGUGUGCAGCAGACAUUUGGCUCUCCACAGGCAGGAGAUGAAACCAGCAUCUGUGCAGCACCAGGGCCGGCUGCUCCCAGCACCGUUCCCACCUCGGAGCAGCCCUCCCGUCCCUGCUUCAUUUUUACUCCUUGGGGUUGCUUUUCUCCCAAAUUCUGAAAGUGUUCAUUCAUCCCUUCCAGAAAAGAGGACGUUCACAUGACUUGUGAGUUUGAAUUUCUGGAGACACCGAUAGCAUUCAGGGGAAUGUUUCAAAUUGCUUGGGAAGCCAAGUGAAAUGAGUCAAUUCCUGUGAGCAGGAAGGUACAAAAAAAUUCUCCAUCAGGCUGAAUAUGCUUUUUUGUUCUUAUAUCCAAGGGGAAAAAAGCUGUCUGGAAUUUGCAUGAAAAACAGGGAGCCUGAAAUGGCAAUGGUGUGGGUACAGCAGGGGAGGGUUAUCGGUCGUGCAGCCAGGUACGGAUCCAGGUGUGUGUGGAGCUGCAUUUACCAUGAUCCCAGUCCCAGGAAUGGGAUUGGAUGUGUAUAAAUAUUGUUCUUAGAUAAAUACUAGCUAGCAAUAACCAUUUAUGGAUAGAUCUUCCCAUUUUCCAGGAGCUGGUCUUCGGAGCAGGUUCGUGCUUGGAUGGCCACCGGCAGCAGGGAGACCUGGAGCAGGAGCAGGAGUCCUCCAAGGAUUGCUUGGCUGUGGACACCAGUUAGCCCAGCCUGGAUGAUUUCUGUUUUCCUUUCCAGGUGGGAGCUCCAGCUCUUCUCCAGUGGCCUCCAGCGGUGGGACCCCCUCUCCUCUGAACCCCCUGCUCUCUCCAUCGUGCUCCCCUCCCACGCUUCACUUGCCCGCGAGCAACCUGGGCAUGUCGUGCCCCGAGAGCU